AUGGGAGAUUUCGGCUGGGCCUUUUCUGCCGACAAGUCCCCUGCCCCGGCGCCCAGCUUCAUAAGUGGCGUCAAGGAGGCGUUCGGCGUCAGCCCCUGCGCCUUGGGGCUCUCGAGCGCCGCCCACGCCUGCCUGGGCGCGCAGGACAUCUGGGGAGCUCCUGUACCCCUCGGGCUGUCCGUGACGGCAGCCGGCCUGGCCUUCGCGUUGGGCGCACUGCUGGUGCUGGCGGCGCAGGCAUUGUGCUGCUCUUGCUACGUGACCUGCAGGCUGGUGCUGACGGGCGCUUCCGUGCUCAGACAGCCGGGCCCUCAGGAGGUUCUUGCCCCCUUGCGAAGGUCAUUGGUGGGGCUGAAGCCCGGGGACGUGGUCUUCGUCAACUACGGGGUGGACGAGGAACCCUGGCAUGAGCGCCUGAUCCUCGCGGUCGUAGACCACUGCUGUUACAUCAUUUUGACCCCAGACGGGGACAUCUACGCGGAGACCAUCAGCCUGGAGUACCUCCAGGACUUCAGGGAGGGGGGCCCCCGAGGGGGGCUUCCCCCUGGGCUGGGCGCGGCGCGCGGCCAGCCCGUGUACCGCUUCUCGUCGAGGCCGGUCGGGCAGGAGCUGCAGGACUUGUUCGAGGAGGGCCGCGCCAAGGCGGCCGAGGAGGGGCGCACGAUGGGCAUUCUGGAGGACGAGCCGGAGCCGCCACCAGCGUCGGCGGGAGCCGGCGCGAGCGGGGCUCCCCCCCUGCCUCCCUUGGCGGGUUCGCCUCCUGCUGGGUCAAGCUCGGAGCUCUUCAAGUGGGUGUGUGUGGCGCGGUCGGCACAGGUGAGUGUUGGCAACGCCUUCAUGCUUGCGGCGCAGCACCACACACCAUCGGACAGCUUCGUGAGCUGCGGCUCGGUGGGCCUGCAUGACAUGGGCCUGCGAGGUGAUCCCGCGGUGCUCUACCGCGUGGAAGUGGGGGAGCAGGAGGUUGAGAUGAUCGAGCACUUCAGGCGCUUGACGAAGAAGGACGGCGACGUCGAGGGCACGGACACUCCCCCGGUGCGAGCGCCAGGAGUAUCCAGUGCCGAGGACGCCCGCACCUUGCCUGUGCUGCGCGACAGCGCGGGACGGCGCUUCAGGGACAUGAAGAGUGUGGCGAACAGUUCGGAGAUGUGUGCCUUCGACGACUGGGUGCUGGAGGGGCCGCGUACGGCAUUGUACCUGGUGAAGGAGAUAGCUAAGCAGGCGGCGGGCCCCCUCCAGCGUCACUCGACCUGGAAGCACGAGAACAAGCUGCAGGAUGACGAGCACAAUGCGGCGACGCACGAGAUGCUUUCGGAGAUCCUUGAGCUGGCGACGACGUUCGACCAGCUCGACGUGUCGAACUUGGCGAUCAUGGAGAGCCUGUGCCGCCACAUCCAGUACAUCGAGCAGCGCAUCAAGAAGAAGCGGGAGGCCGGGAAGGACUUCGACCUGCAGGACUACUACCUGGGCAGGACGCGGCGCACCGGCGGCGCGCUGAUGGCCCCGGAGCUUCAGAAGUGGGUGGCCGAGUCGGCGGCCCGUGAUUCGUCCAUCUUGAAGGAGGAGAGGAAGGCCGCCGAGGAGCAAGUCAUGAUGGACCCAAGAUCCGGGGGCUGGCCGUCCCGGGUCGCAGAUUCAGGCCGUAUCAUGGAGAGGGUGACCUACAGCUCUCCUGAACAGCGCCGAGGUCCUCGCCGUGCUGCCCAACGUCUGGGCAUGAAGGCGGCCAUCGGCCGACGCUCGAACGACUGCAUCGCCGCCCUCAACAACCUGUAUGGGGACGGCUCGUUUUUGCCUGGAGGAAGACCCUCUCAGGCACAGUUCUCGGCGCUCGACGGCAUCCUGCGCGCGGUCACCGAUGACAUGCCGCCGGACCCGUUGCCCGCCCCCGAGGCAGCCCUUCAGGAGUUGCUCGGUACCGAGGCCCUCGACUACGCGUCUGAGGACCUCUCCGUGGUUGCACCGUAUGAUCGCGGCUUGGUCUCGUGGCCGGACACCGCAGGCUCGGUGAACUUGCUGGACGUGUUGCCAGACCCUGACCGCCAGGAGGUGAUCGACGGUCCCCGUGCGUUUCUGCUUCGGGCUGAGGAGGGGCCGCCAGCGACCUGCAAGGUCUACUGGGACAAGACGCUCAAGGCGGACAGAGGCGAGUACGUCAGGUUCGUACAGGACCUGCUGAACAGGGGCAUGGUGGAGCUCCGUACUCGCCGUGAUUUUGAGCUGGCGUCGACCGCGGCGAUGGUCGGGCUGGAAGCGGAGCCUGGGGACAUGCUAGAGUUCUCGAUUCAGGACAUUGCUGAUUGCUUCUACCAGUUCAAAGUGCCGGACUACAUGGUGCAGCGGUUCGGGACGAAGCCCGCCAGGGCUGGCGAGGUGGGGGCCAAGACCGUGCAGGGCGAGCCGGUCCUUGCAGGCGCCUGGGUCUACCCCUGUCUGCGGGCGCUGCCCAUGGGCUUCUCGUGGGCCAUGAGAUGGACGCAGCAGGCUCAUCGAGAGCUGCUGCGCCGGGCAGGGCUUGGGGGCAUCGAGAACGAGCUGGUGGACCGCCAGGUGCCCCCGUCGGCCUCGGCAGCGCCUGUCCCCCGCAUCGUUUACGUGGGUAACGAGGUCUUCGUCUCGUCUCGCCCAGGUGCCUCUGCCGACGCCAGGCGACUGGCGGCCAAGAAGAUGUCCAACAUCGGGCUGCCGCUGCAUGAGGUGGAGGAGGGCAAGCAUGUUGUCGAAGCGCUGGGCCUGGAGCUGGACGGCAUCAAGCUUCGGUGCCGCCUGGCCUCCUCCAAGCGGUGGCGGCUGGUGCAAGGCGCGCGUGCGCUUUUGAGGCGGCGGCUAGUGGCCGGCAGGGAGGUCGAGAAGCUGAUCGGCCACUUCACGCAUGCCAUGUUGCUGAACCGCCCAACGCUUUGUAUCUUCCGCUCCGCCUACGACUACGCUCGGAAGCACUACCGGGCGCCUAGCUUGCUCUGGCCUUCAGUGAGGCAGGAGCUGCAGAAUGCCAUGCACAUCAUGCCGCUGCUCGCGGUGCAAUUCGAUAUGCCGCGGUCAGGGUUGGUCACCUGCUCCGACGCUACGCUGAGGGGCUACGCCGUGCAGGAGGCGGACUUCCCGGUGUCUGAGGUCAGGCAGGUGGGGCGCUGGAGUGAACGCUGGCGCUUCAAGGUCGAGGGGGCCGGCCGGCCUCGGGAGCGGGCGUUGGGCGGGUCUCUGCCGAUCGAUGGACUCGAUGCUUUCGCUGAGAAUGGAGAUCACUACGACGACGACAUUGGCAUUAGCAUCAAUCAUCAAUUCCCUGAGCUACCAGCAUCGUUCACCAAGGAGGAGGUUAAUUGGAGGCGGCUGCAGCUGCGCUGGGAGCCCACUGGCGUGAGGCUCACGGAGGGGUGCCUGAGCGCGGUCGUCGGGCCAUGGCAGAGUGGCGGCGGCCCAGGUUACCUCGACAAGGCGGCUGCGCGGCUCAUCGACGAGGUCUCGCCGAUCCCCUGCGAGGUCGAGAGGAUCGCUGGUACUGGUGGGCCGACCGUCCUGGAGCAGGAGAGCGCAACGGCGAAGACCAAGGAGGACUACGAGCGGAGGCUGGAGCGGUUCUUCGGCUUCUGCAGCAUCAACGGCCUGGCGCUCGACACCGACCUGCUGCUCGAGGAGGCCCUGGUGGAGUACGUGGGCCUCCUGUUCGCGCAGGGGGGGCCCUGCAACAGCGGGGCCAAGCUGCUGGCGGCGGUGGGCCAUCGCUGGCCAAGGCUCCAUCAUGCCGGGCGGUUGCUGAAGCUGCCGAGGGUGGCGAAGGCGCUGCAGGGCUGGCGACGUCUGGUGCCGCCCGUGACGCGGGCGCCCGUGCCGUGGGCCGCCGUGGCGGCCAUCGCGCUGGCCCUGGUCAGGUGCAAGCAGCCACUGGCGGCUCUGGCAGUGGUGCUGGCGGCAGACGCCUACCUUCGGCCAGGCGAGCUGCUGUCGCUCCGGGCCAACCGUGUGGUCCCAGCCCAGGCGACGGCCGGGGGCGACUACCGCUUCGCGUCGCUGGUGCUGAUGCCAGAGGAGGAGCUGCAGCCGACCAAGACGAGAGGCUUCAACGACUCGAUCCUUCUGGACAGCGUGUCGAGGCCCUACCUAGGCGUGCUGGUGGAGCGGCUGGCGAAGCAGAAGGGCUUCUCGGCGGAGCUCCUCUUUCCGUGGUCGGCCGCGGCUUUCACUGCCAUGUUCAAGCGUGCCGCGGCCGACGUCGGCCUGGAGGCUUGGGAACUCACGCCGUACAUCCUCAGACACGCAGGCCCGUCGCACGACUGGCUGACCAAGGCUCGGUCCCUGGGCGGCAUCAAACGGCGCGGAAGGUGGAUCUCCGACAUGAGUGUUCGGAGGUACGAGAAGAGCUCGCGGGUAAUGCGGCGCCUGGCGACACUGCCGCGAGAUUGCCAGCUGCUGUUGGCCGAGUCGACCAACAACCUCGAGGCAGGGCUCAGGUUCGGGCACGUCGGCAGGUUCGAGAGCAGGCGCCAAGACGCAG